CAAGGCUGGAAAAAUGAAGAGUUUGCCGUAUUUUUUGUUGCUAUUAUACAGUGUGAAAGGAGACGAAGGUACCUGUGAAUUAAACGCCUGUGAAGCUUUAGAAAAGAGUCAAAUGAACUUAAGGGAGUUUGCAGACAGUCUCGAAGAGAAUAAUACUAAUAACUACUUGAUUAAGUUGGAAAGAAGGCUCAGGUCGUUGGAGCAGCCAGUCUGGGAAAUUUCAAAGCAGAAUGAAAGAUGGAUCGACUGCGGGAAAGGGCCUUGUAAAUGUAGACCAGAAACCAAGAGUAUAAGUUGUUGGCAAAAUCAACUGAAUGCUUUGCCCGCCGAUCAAGUAUUACCAUUUGACGUAAGACAGAUAGACCUAGGAAUUAAUAGGCUAUCAACUUUGAAUAAAAACGCUCUGCAGAUGCUAUCCCACUUGACAGAACUUGACCUUUUCGACAAUAAAAUAGACCAUUUACCAGAAAAUAUUUUUGUGCACCUCGACAGCUUAAAAUAUUUGCGUCUGCAUAAAAACGAAGUAGAGGAAAUGUCCCCAGACCUCCUAUCAACAUUAAAAAAUUUGCAGACAUUUGAUGCAUCUGAUAAUCUGAUGCGAGUCUUGCCAACGAACUUGUUUAGAGGAACACCAAACCUGAUCCUUUUACACUUGUCAAGAAAUCGCAUAAAAAGCAUCCCCGAAGCUCUCCUCAGUAAAUUGGAGCAAUUAGAAGAUUUGGACUUGAGUAAUAAUUUUUUAGAAACGGUUCCCAAAUUCGCUUUUAAUGAUUUGAAAUCUUUGAGACGACUGUUUUUAGCAGAAAAUAAUAUCACUCUACUACCAACAGGGGUUUUCGACAAGCUGGCCAAUCUAGAAUUAUUAAAUUUGAGGAAAAACAGGAUUUCACAUCUAUCCCCAAAAUUAUUUGACAAACUGCAGAAUCUCAAGAUUUUGCAAUUAACUAACAACAGGCUAAGUCAGAUUGAUGUAAACGAUUUUCGGAAACUGACUAAUAUAGUAGAACUCCACCUGGGACAAAAUUUUAUAAAUGAUAUUCCCGAAAAUGCCUUUGUCGAAAACAGAAAUUUGGAAAAGCUUUUCCUGUUUUCGAACAACUUGGAAUUCCUAAAAGAGAAAACCUUCAAUGGGCUAAUCAGUCUAACGUCAUUAUUUAUCAAUAACAAUAUUAUACAAGAUAUUCAUUCUAAGAUAUUUGUACACACGCCUAGUCUACAAAAACUUCAAUUAGACAGCAACAAAUUCCACUUCCUACCAGCCAAAUCGCUAGACUUUUUGACGCAAUUAAUUUCAAUUAAACUAGCAAAAAAUCCUUGGCACUGUGAUUGCAACAUAUUAUAUUUAGCAAUCUGGGUUGACACUAAUAAGCAAAAAGUAUGGGAUUCUCAGCCCACUUGUAGGGGCCCUGGAAAUCUGGGAGGAUCAUUAUUAAAAGAUAUGUCAUUUGACAAUUUGUGCGAAGGUCAAUGGGCUAGCAUGACGAAUUUGUCCCCCAGGAUUCCCAUCAAGAAUAAACUGAACGAGGAAUUGAGAGAAAAUUCCACAUCAUUUUAAUUAUAUUUCAAUCAAUUUUUUAGUUCAGGGUGAACGUGUUCCACUUCUGCCAUUAUUGACAUCUCGCACAAAUCAGGACAAAGUGUGAUAAAUGCAACUUCCUUGUAGCUUCUUUUUUUACUAGAAUUUCUAUAAUUAUACUGCUGCUGGUGUAAUUUUUUUAUGAGAACACCAUAAUCACUUAGUUUCAAACAAAAAAUUACAUCGAUAAAAUGACGUAGAAUUUAACAAGUCCCUGCUAUGUCAUAAUAUCUCAAUAAGAAUGUGUAUACAAAUUGUAAAAUAUCUUUCUAAAAACAUGUUUAAGGAAACAUUUAUUAUAAAAUGCAAACAUUUUGUAGCAUUCUAUGUAACACAUUUUCUAUUGCCAUCAUGUAAUCAUAGAUGGCGCAUAUAUCCUUAUAGGUAGUUAAAUUUUAGCUGUUAAAGAAAGAUAAGCUAUGAGAAGUAAAUUUCAUUUCCACAACUUUCAGAGAGGAAAUUUUUGUGAAUAUUUAUAAACUAGGGACUGUUCCAGUUGUUUAUGUUUAUCAACUGUAUAAAUGUCUUAUUGAAGUUAUAUUUCUUUUAACAUAAAAAUUUAGAUCCAACUCUACGUAGGUAAUUUACAACACUUAUAGUGAUAGAUUUUAUAAUAACGGUAAAGACUAGAAAAUGCUUUGGAUGAUUUAUUAUUAAAUUAAUGCACUUUGUUUUCUUCAUUAUUUACCAAAUACCUGUCAAUAUAAAC